AGAAUACACAUGCAGCGAAUUCAUAAUUGUUUUGCACUAUCAUCCUGGUCCGACCUUGUUAGAUUAGACAUCGUUGCGGAGUAUACACAAUUCCCUAACUUGAUUACAUUGGCGAAUCACCAUCAGGAAAAAAUACACCAUGAUCAGAUGUCUCCACAAAAUUUUGAGAGCAGCAUUUGUACUUCCGUUUACAGCGGGACUUAUUAAGGACCGGAGAAAUGGCAGUUAUGCAGUACAUGAUGGCAGUAUAUCCGGGGUCGUUUUAUUAACAACUAUAGUUAUAAUUGUUGUUGUCACAAGUAUAGCUCUUCCAAUCGAAAAUUCCAGAUAUUUAAUGAUUGGUUUGUUAUUUCUUGCUACAUUUAGUUUAAUUUUCUGCAGUGUGUUAGUAUACUAUCGUAGCCAUUGGAAAUAUCCAAGGAAACCAAGAGUAACAGACAAGUUAAAGAUAAUAUUUCUUUGGGGUUUUUGCAUUGGAAAUAUUGUAUACUUAGCAACGAAAUUAGCAGUAAAUAUCCAGUGUGACCAAUACCCGUCGCUGGUUGAACCUAUAUUAUACUACAUUUUCAUUUGGGUAUUUGAUAUCAGUCAAACAGCAUUUAUUCAUUAUUUUUCCAGAUUCAGAUUUGCUAGUAUGACUUAUUUUUACUAUAUACUUAUGUUUAUGUUUGUGGCCAAUAUAUCUGCAUGGACACACAGAACUAUUGACAUGUAUUAUGAUGAUCAAAUGCUGACUAUACUCGAGAAAAAUCAAACCGAUAAUACAUGUAACAAUAAAACGACAGCUUAUCAGACAGUUGCCAUCCUAAAGCCUUUCUUAGAACCAUUGUUACUAGAAUACUGUUUACUCUGUAUGAUUUUCAUCUCGGAGAUGUGGCCUAAGUAUAUAACAGAAACAAAAGAUCAAGCAGAUUUACAUGCUUAUGAUUCAGCAUCACAUCAACAAAGCUGUGAAAAUCAGCCACUUCUUUCCAGCAGACCGUUAACCUUAUCAACAUCACACCAUUCUACAAAUAAAAAAUCGCUGUGUUGCGUAGUUUUUGGUAUUCUAUAUACACUUUCAUAUAGUAUAAUGCAAUGCGUUUUUCUUUAUGUGGAUGAACUUAAACCAUAUCACCUGAUAAACAGUAUUUAUUCUCUUUUUGGAAAUUUCGUAACAAUUCUUAUGAUCAUCAAAUGUUUUUAUGAAUUGUCUGGUCAGCUACAGCCUAAGAAAACACCAAGAACCACUAUGAAUAUGAAACAUUUCAUUAUAUUGACCACAUCUCUCGCCACAUGUGGCUUCUUCCUCUUUCAGUUAAUUGGUGCAAAAUACCACAAUACCAGGGAUAACGUGAAUGUUGUAAUACGAUUAACUGCAACAAUACUACAAACAACAUUCAUAUUACAGAUGAAGCAAUACCGGAAAUGUGGAAACAUGAAUUCGUACUUUUCAAUUCGUAAUGUUUUUUCAUUUGUUUGCAUCAUAAAUUUUGGGAUGUGGUUUUACUAUACAUUUGUAUCUGCACAACACGAGUUUUUCCAAAGAUACAGGCAUCCUAUGUUUGACAGACACACAAGCUUAGCAGUUAAGCAUUUUUGGUUUCCUUUUCUUAUUUUCUACCACUUUGAAUGUUUUUUGACAUUCUAUCGUUUUUUUAAGGAAUGAAGUAUUUUAUUUUAUAUCCUCCUAUGUUUGAAUCAUAUACUGCGGUUUUUGCUAAUCAAAAUUCUGUAUUUAGAACUGCAGGUUGAACGGCAAAAUGUUGCUACAUAUCCUUGUUUAGUUUUUUUUUGUUGUUCCAGCUUCUGUUGGGAUAUUUCUUGUUUUCAUGUCACUGUUUUCCAGCAUUUAGUAUGCUUUAAUUUAUUGAAUUAUUUAUUUAUUUUACAUUAUCAAAACAUUUUUUUUUACAUUUGUAAAAAAAUUCCCGGCGUUUUUCCUUUGUUGCAAUUCAAUACUUCGUCUUUUCUGAGAUUUUUCAUAUUUUUGGUGAAAGUAAAUUAAAAUAAUAGCAAAACAUUGUAAAAAAAACUAAGACCAGCCAUGCGAGACACUCGUUAAUGGGUAGUCAAGGUCAUGAAACACCCAGUAGAAAUUGGUUUGGUUGAAGAAGUAAAGAAUAAUAGUUAUUUGUUUUUCAUUUAUUGUUUUAACAUAAAUCAGACUGUUGGUUUUAUUUUGAAUUGAUUCAAAUUUUGUCAUACAAGGGCCUGUUAUAGCUUACUUUACGGUAUGAGUUUUGCUCAUUGUUGAAUUCCUUAAGUUGACCUCUACUUUCUUACAUCCACGUCCUUUGGUAUCUUGCGGAUAUUUCAAGUGUCUCAUUGGCAAUCAUACCACAACUAUUUAUGUUUAUAUAUUGUUUUAUUUGAAUAACAGAAUAUGCAUGUUUAAAGCUGAUUAGGCUAAGUUUUACCCAGAAAAAAGCUCAAGAUAAGGAAACUACGCCCUUUACUUAAGUGAUAUGCACAAAUCAUCUUUAUCUUUUUCCUUACUGGGAUCAUGAUUGGUAAAAUUAGAGAGAGACAUCUCGCUCACUGAUAUUACUAUGACACACGAGAAAACACUUAAUAUCAUUCUUAAAUGUAAUUUAUCUAUGAGAGUUCUUUGAAAAAAAUUAAAUAAUAAUAUCAAUAAAAAAUUUUGCGGUAUUGCGGACAAUGGAAACCUAAGUACCUUUUAAUCAAAUUAUAUUAUUUUUGUUAAAUUUCUUUGUUUUUUAAUAUUUUUUAAAUAUUCACCAUUUCAUGUAACAAGUAUCAUGAAAUUUCUAACACAUCACGUAUGAUCACCAAUAUGGGAGGCUCACAGGGGUAGUCAUAUAUUGUCAUCCCACUUUUUCUCUCAUUCUCCAACUGAACAAGAAUAUAUAUAUAUAGUGUUCACUAUUUUUGCGUGCAAGCAAUUUGUUUUUUUCACGUGUAAACCUAUGUAAAUAUAUUGAACGCAAAUUCUUAAAAAUAGUAAACAGACUCCAAACAAAAGAGUAUUGCAUAUCCAAUAAUGAUUUUUUCUUACUGAAAAUAAAUAUUACUACUGACAUAGCUUUUGUGCAAAAAACUAACAUCGAAUUACGUAACCUGUAGCAUAUUUUCAUUGAAAAGAAUGUUUUUAAAUGCUGAUAUAAUUCUUAACUCAUGAAGAUUAAAUUGUCCUGUAUAAAGAUUUCGUCAUGCGGCUUCAUCAUGCUAGAUAUCAUUAUAUUGUCAUCAAUUAUGCUUCAACUAGUGAGAAAAACGAAAUGAGACUUUGCGGAGGAUAUGUGAAUGGUUUAUAUAUAACAAACCAAUAUUUAUAACAGAUAUUCAUUUUCUCACAACAAAUCAUAUAUAAUUGUUUUGGAUAACUGAGAUUGGAUUGUUUCCCUUUGUAUAGCUUAAUCAUUUGAAGUAAAAACUAAAAUUUUAUUUGCAUAGCAACUAUAUGCAAACGUAUUUAAUUAACAUUGAGUCAGUCGGCUUCGCCUAAAACUUACUUUUUUCAGUUAAGGGUAAAUAACAUAUGAAAAAUUUGAAUGAUAGAUCAUUAAAAUUGUUUAUAAACAUUCUUCAAGUAAUCAUGUAUUUUAUAAUACUUAGCCUUUAGUUCAAAUACCUGUCCCUGUUUCAAACUCGGAAUGGCGACAGAGGGAAAGUUUCCCCAAAAUUAAAUGACAAACUUAUGGUAAUUAUUUCAGUUAUAAUACUGUUUCUUGGAGUCAAUGGGACUUGCUAUGUAUUUGCAUAGACAAAGCCACAUGGAAGCCCUCAGAAAGAAAAAGAACAAGGGCUUUAAUGCUUCUAUAAGACUGACAUACUCCUAUGCAUAUAUUUAAUUGAACGUCCUGAAUUGAUCAGUUUGGACAUGCCUUCGUCGAAUAAAUUCUACAAUGCUGGACGCGCGUACGUCCCCUUGGGAUUUGUUCGUGUGCAUUUGUACUUCGUUACCGAAAUAUUUCACCAUUUUAUGAAUAUUGCAUUAUUUUGCCUAAAAUACACUUUUUCAAGCUUAAUGUCAGUGUAGUAUAUCUGGUGCCCCACUAGUCACAUCUAUAACAUUGGAAUCUGUCAACGAACUUUACUAAAAUUUUCAGACCAAGUUGUAUCGACAACUUUCUGCUACAAACAAUGCAUGGCUCAUCAUCUUCAACAUCAUCCUGAAUUCUUGAUCAAGCCGAGAGGGUUUAGCUUUAUUCAUAAUCGGCCCUUUUCCCAUAUUAUGAAUUUACUUUCACCGUGUUUCGACUUUUUCAACAAACUAUUGAUUAAUGUAUUUGAUUAAAUGUGUUUCUAACUUGUUUUUUUUUAAGUGGUCGGAGUUGUUUCAGUCUGCCUGUUUGCUAGAACUAGCAGUGGUUCGAACGUAUAGAUUUGUAUGUUCUCUUCUGUUUCUCUGGAACCUCAGCAGGUUUAGAUGUCAUGUUUUCUUUUUUCUCCACUUAAACCAUGCAAUUCUAAGACAGUCACUCCAGAUGUGGUAGAUUUUUUUAUGACAUUUGAUGAAUAGUUCCUUAACGAUUGUAUGAAUACCGGUCAGCAAAAAAAAAUUAAUGGAAUACGGAUAUAAAAAAAAAUGUUUUCAUGAUCAUGAAUAAAUGAGAAAAUGUA